AUGCCUCUUCUACCCUUCACCGAACGGCGGCUCCCCACUGGACCUGAAUACGAAUUAGUCGAAUCAAGGGGCUUUGACGAUGAAGAGACAGUAUUCGAGAGACCAUCGACCUCAUCCUCACAGGAUACUUGGAGCGUAGCGCACGUCUUGGGGAUCGCCGAAGGGUGGAUAAAAGGUCCGCCGAAACCUCGAUGCAAUACGAUAGAGCCCUGGCUCCCGCGAGCGCAGAUUGCGCCUAGAGCGCUACUCGAUGCGUACUUCCCGAAGUACCGGCAUCGACUAUGCUUGCUGGUCGCCUUCCAUCUCUGCUGGCUGCUAGUAUUUACACUACUGCUGCGCAUAUCGGUCGUGUCCGGAAGGAUCCCUGGAUACGGCUCGCCAGCGCAACUUUCCUGCGUCUCACAGCUAUGGUCUAACGGCAAUACUGUAAGAAAUACCUGUGGGCUCAAUGGCGUCCAAUGCCUUCCUUUCGACAACCAUACCUUCGCGUUCCGCUGCCCUUCAAACUGCAAAGAAUCCAAAGUUUGGAAUCCUCACACCGUUGGUGCCGAGGUUGUAAACUACCGCAACCUGGUUAUAGGUGGCUCGGCGGAUGACAGCGCAGCAACGAGCGCCUUCUAUCGAGGCGAUUCCUUCAUCUGCGGCGCGGCGAUACAUGCAGGAAUCAUCAGUAAUGAGGAUGGGGGAUGCGGCGUUGUAUCGCUGGUCGGGGAGCGGAGUCACUUCCCUAGUACUGAGAAGAACGGCAUCACAAGCAUCGGCUUUAACUCGAGCUUCCCACGCUCGUUCUCCUUUCUAGACUCCAAGGGUGCGAAGCCGAAAUGCCAAGACUUGCGAUGGCAACUACUCGCUGUAUCCGUAUCCUUCACGUCUCUCUUGUCAAUUUUUAUCUUCUCGCCUGCGACCUAUCUCAGCUCGAUUCUUGUGGCAAUCUUCUUCCACGUGGCACUCGUGUCCGACCCUCCAGAUUUCGAUCUAAGCUACCCGGACUUCUCCUCAGUUGUAGCCUCAGCGUUCGGCCGCUUUCUUCCGACCGCGUUUGUUUGCUUCGUCCUGUAUACAACAUGCGUCCGCCGCACCCUACUUGGACUGACUGCUCAAUUGGAAAAAACCGUUCUCUGGUUAGGGCCUUGCUGGAUCGGCGCGCUGAGCAACUACACCUUCGCCAAUCUCCCUAUCCAGAGACUGACGCCGCACGACCUCCGCCAGCAACCUGGAGCUAUCCCCGCACUGAUCAUCAUUGUACUCGUGAUAAUCUUUGCCGCGCUCCACCAGGCGCGGGCACUGAAGUACGAAGGCAGACUCUCUCUUUAUCUCGCACUAUACGCCUUGCUAGGCGGCGGCCUCCUACUCCUGGCGGCGGUUCCUUGUAUGAAGCUGCGGAUUCAUCACUAUAUUCUAGCAUUGCUCCUACUCCCAGGAACGGCAACACAGACGCGGCCGAGCCUAGUUUUCCAGGGCCUGCUUAUCGGGCUCUUCAUCAACGGCAUCGCGCGCUGGGGCUACGACAGCAUCCUGCAAACCUCUGGUCAGCUUCGUGCAGAAGGUUCAUUAGGCGGACUGCUCCCUCCAGUCAUUGCUCCUGUUGUCCACGCGGAAAACAUCACGUUCCGCUGGCCUGGCAUUCCAGACGGCUUUAGCGGUAUUAGCGUGCUUGUCAACGAUGUUGAGCGUUUUCGUGAAUAUGGCAACCUAACCGCGGAACAUACUUUCACCUGGACUCGAAAGCAUCCCGAGGAGACCGAGUAUUUCCGGUUUGGGUGGGUGAGAAGCGACGCUGGGUCGAGUAUGGUUGGGGACUACACCUCGGCUGGAAUACUGGAUGUCGAUGGCUCCUGGAUAAGCCCCAAGGACCAAGGGCGGACAAAAGCAGAUGUUGCAGGUCUGUAA